AUGAGAGUGAUAGUCCGGGGCAUUGAGCCAAACAUGGUGACUUACAACAGCUUGAGCCAUGGCUUUUACAUGGCCAACAGGGUAGACCCCACACUUUUGCUGAUGGAAGAGAUGAGAGCAACAAAGUGCCUUCCGGAUAUCAUCACCUACAACACACUUAUUGACGGACUUUGCAAGACGGGAAGGGUGCCAGAAGCGAACAGGCUGUUUGGAGACAUGAAGGCCAAGUUUUGCAACCUGGAUGUUAUCAUGUACAGCUGCUUGAUCGGCGGGUUUUGUAAGCUGGAGAGGAUCAACAUGGCUUGCACGUUGUUCGACGACACGCUCAAGCAGGCAAUCCUCCCCGAUGUCGUCACUUUCUCGACACUAGUGGAAGGAUACUGUAAUGCUGGACUGGUGGAUGAUGCCGAGAGGCUUCUGGAAGAGAUGGUUGCCAGUGACUGCUCUCCGGACGUGUAUACUUACACAAGCCUGGUCGACGGCUUCUGCAAAGUCGGAAGAAUGGUGGAGGCGCGCAGAAGCUGGGAAGCCGACGGUGGCUUACAAGCUGCUGGAGGAGAUGGUUGGCAACGGCCGAACGUUAUCACGUACAGGAGCUUGAUCGGUGGCUUCUGUGGGACUGGGGACCUGGAAGAGGCUCGCAAGAUGCUCGAGAGACUGGAGCGCGACGAGAACUGCAAGGCGGAUAUGUUCGCGUACCAGGUGAUGAUGGACGGGCUGUGUACCACAGGGAGAAUGAGCGCAGCUCUGGAGCUUCUCGAGGCUAUCAAGCAGAGUGGCACGCCUCCUCGCCACGAUAUCUAUGUGGCCUUGAUCAGGGGGCUGUGCCAGGGGAAAGAGCUCGGCAAGGCCCUGGAAGUUUUGGAAGAGAUGACGCUCUCGAGGAAAAGCAGGCCAAAUGCCGAGGCUUAG